AUGUUUUCAUUUCUCUGUGAAGACGAAGUGCGAAACACACACAGGUGAAAAGAAACAAGGGCACUCUCUUUUUUUCUGUUUUCAGAUCCAAAUAUCUAUAUCAUUCUCUUUUCUCUCCCAGAUCAUGAAUUAACCUAUUCGGAUCUUCGAAUAUUGAGUUCGGGUCCAUCCGUUUUGAUUGCUGAAUCAGGGGGAUAUAGAUCGUCUCGGUUUGUAAUCUCUCAUUUGGAUCUGAUUGAGCUCGCCGGAGAAAUUCAAAACGGACCCAAUCAUGAAUCCCUUCUCGUCCGGUACGCGUCUAAGGGACAUGAUUCGGGCAAUACGUGCUUGCAAAACUGCUGCAGAGGAACGUGCUGUUGUACGAAAAGAGUGUGCUGCUAUUCGUGCUGCAAUUAAUGAAAAUGAUCAAGAUUAUAGACACCGCAACUUGGCAAAGCUCAUGUUUAUUCAUAUGCUUGGUUAUCCAACACAUUUUGGUCAAAUGGAGUGCCUGAAAUUAAUUGCAUCAGCUGGAUUUCCAGAGAAGAGAAUAGGAUAUCUUGGCCUCAUGCUACUACUUGAUGAAAGACAAGAAGUUCUAAUGUUGGUCACAAACUCAUUAAAACAAGAUCUCAACCACUCGAAUCAGUAUAUUGUGGGGCUUGCUCUUUGUGCUUUGGGAAAUAUUUGUUCAGCAGAAAUGGCUCGCGAUCUUGCUCCAGAGGUGGAAAGAUUGCUGCAGUUUCGGGAUCCACAUGUUCGGAAAAAGGCUGCAUUGUGCUCCAUACGGAUUAUAAAGAAAGUACCUGAUCUGGCCGAAAAUUUCAUAAAUCCUGCUGCUUCCUUACUUAAAGAAAAGCAUCAUGGAGUUUUAAUAACAGGCGUUCAACUCUGUACAGAUCUAUGUAAAGUCAGUCCAGAAGCUCUUGAAUAUUUCAGAAAGAAAUGCACAGGAGGUUUGGUCAGAACUCUAAAAGAUGUCGUGAACAGUCCAUAUGCACCUGAGUAUGACAUUGCUGGCAUUACAGACCCUUUUCUCCAUAUCAGAUUGCUUAAACUUUUGCGCGUGCUAGGCCAAGGGGAUGCUGAUGCUAGUGACGCUAUGAAUGACAUACUUGCACAGGUGGCAACAAAAACUGAGUCAAACAAAAAUGCAGGGAAUGCUAUUUUAUAUGAAUGUGUGGAAACUAUCAUGAGCAUCGAAGAUAAUGGUGGUUUACGACUGCUUGCUAUUAAUAUCUUAGGAAGAUUCUUGUCGAACCGUGACAACAAUAUCAGAUAUGUUGCAUUGAACAUGCUGAUGAAGGCCAUUACUGUAGAUGCUCAAGCAGUGCAAAGGCAUCGGGCAACAAUAUUGGAAUGCGUUAAAGAUUCAGAUGCUUCAAUUCGUAAAAGAGCCCUUGGACUUGUUUACCUUCUAGUGAAUGAAAGCAAUGUAAAGCCUUUGACAAAAGACCUAAUUGAAUAUUUGGAAGUAAGUGAUCAAGAAUUUAAAGGAGAUCUUACUGCCAAAAUUUGCUCCAUUGUUGAAAAGUUCUCCCCUGAUAAAAUUUGGUAUAUUGAUCAGAUGCUCAAGGUUCUUACCGAGGCUGGAAAUUUUGUAAAAGAUGAAGUGUGGCAUGCCGUUAUUGUUGUUAUAAGCAAUACUUCUGAUCUCCAUGGAUAUACAGUCAGGGCAUUGUACAGAGCAUUUCAAACAUCAGCUGAACAGGAAACCCUUGUUCGAGUUGCAAUAUGGUGCAUUGGAGAAUAUGGUGACUUGUUGGUCAACAAUGUUGGGGUGCUCGACAUAGAGGAUCCUAUAAAAACUGUGACAGAGUCUGAUGCUGUGGAUGUUGUCGAGAAUGCUAUGAAGCGUCAUUCCUCUGAUCUUACUACUAAAGCAAUGGCUUUGAUAUCUUUAUUGAAACUCUCUUCUCGGUUCCCAUCUUGCUCUGGGAGGAUCAAGGAUAUAAUCAUGCAAUGCAAAGGAAGCCUUGUGCUUGAAUUGCAACAAAGAUCCCUCGAGUUUAAUUCUAUUAUUGAGAAGCAUCAGAAUAUCAGGUCUGCAUUGGUUGAAAGAAUGCCAGUUUUGGAUGAGGCUACUUUCAGUGGAAGGAGGGCUGGUUCUUUGCCUGCAACUGUUUCAACAUCUGGUGGGCCAUCUCUUAAUCUUCCAAAUGGAGUUGCUAAGCACUCUGCAGCUCCUCUUGUAGAUUUACUUGAUCUUUCAGAGGAUACUCCUGCACCAAGCUCUUCAGGUGGCGACUUUCUUCAUGAUCUUCUUGGUGUUGAUUUAGCACCUGCUUCCACGCAACCAGGCAUAAACCAGGCUCCCAAAGCUGGCACAGAUGUUCUAUUGGAUCUCUUGUCCAUUGGAACAUCUACUCCUGUACAAAGCAAUUCAUCUACACCUGACAUGUCAUCACCUAGUCAAGAUAACCGAAAACCAAUUGCCACAUUAGAUGUACUCUCAUCUUUACCUUCGGCGCAAGCAAAUUCUUCUGUUGGAGCUUCUCCAAUGAUGGAUUUGUUGGAUGGCUUUGCUCUUAGCCCUUUAAAGCUUGAGGAUAAUGGUUCAGUUUAUCCAUCUAUAGUUGCAUUUGAGAGCAGCAACAUGAGGAUAACAUUUAACUUCUCAAAACCACCUGGGAACCCAGAAACAACAAUAAUACAGGCCACUUUCGAAAACUUGUCAUCUAAUGCAUUUACAGAUUUUGUUUUCCAGGCAGCAGUUCCAAAGUUUCUUCAGCUGCACUUAGAUCCUGCUAGCAGCAAUACAUUACCUGCAAAUGGUAAUGGGUUGGUCACACAAAGCUUGAGAGUAACUAACAGCCAACAUGGCAAGAAAGCACUUGUGAUGCGCAUAAGGAUAGCUUACAAGCUGAACAACAAAGAUAUGUUGGAAGUAGGACAGAUCAACAAUUUCCCUCAGGAUUUGUAAGUUAAUGGAUCCAGAUAGUGUUAACGAAGCCGUGUAAGAGCUCCAUUUUUUCUUUUGUCAUCUGAGAAUCAACUUAUUACUCAUGGUAGUGGUAGUAAAAUAUCUUGCUUCAAUUCUUCUACUUGAGGGCAGUAUUGUAAUGGUUGAUAUUAUUUUUGCCCGAGUUUGGAAUUGUGCCCAAUGUCUUAAAACACCUUUCACAAAAUUUUUCCCUUUAGGUGAUCUGUGUACAUUAUUACAAAAUUUCUGUACGGAAUUGUGAGAAUCGAAUUUCUUUUAGCCUUUUUGAGGCUCAUAGAGAAAGAAACUCGUGGCAUGUCGGAACUUGAGUUGCUGUGCAGUGAUUUCUAUAUAGCACUCAUAUUUGUUA